GGUAUGAAAGCAUGUAACCCUGGCCGAAGCACUCCGUCUCUCGCCGAACGCAGCUCUGCACUCACUUUGCUGCACCGGAAUUUUUCGACACGACUGUGGAGUCUCUUUUAGGGUUUAACCAACUGAUCCACUUUGUAGCGUGUUUCCUUCGAGUUUUAUUUUAGUUUUUGAAGGUUUGAGAGGUUCAUCUCUGUGAUAGUUUUCGUUGGAACGGUUGGGUGUUGUCUGCGACCGUGAAGAUGGCCGACGGUGAUGCGCAAGUGGAGACCUUCGCCUUCCAGGCAGAGAUUAAUCAGUUGCUGAGUUUGAUUAUCAACACCUUCUACAGCAACAAAGAAAUUUUCUUACGAGAGUUGAUCAGUAACUCAUCCGAUGCCCUGGACAAGAUCCGCUUCGAGUCACUGACAGACAAGAGCAAGCUCGAUGGCCAGCCAGAGCUCUUCAUCCAUAUCAUUCCCGACAAGGCGAACAAUACCCUGAGUAUUAUCGACAGUGGCAUUGGUAUGACUAAGGCUGAUAUGGUUAACAACUUGGGAACCAUCGCCCGAUCCGGUACUAAGGAGUUCAUGGAGGCUCUCUCUGCCGGAGCGGACGUAAGCAUGAUCGGUCAGUUUGGUGUAGGUUUCUACUCAGCAUAUCUUGUCGCCGACAAGGUUGUAGUUACAUCCAAGCACAAUGAUGACGAGCAGUACAUCUGGGAAUCUCAAGCUGGAGGAUCUUUCACUAUCACCCGAGACACCACUGGUGAGCAGUUGGGGCGCGGUACACACAUUAAGUUGUAUCUGAAGGAGGACCAGUUGGAGUACCUGGAAGAGAGGAGGCUGAAGGAUUUGGUGAAGAAGCACUCCGAGUUCAUCAGUUACCCAAUCUCACUAUGGACAGAGAAGACUACUGAGAAGGAAGUUUCUGAUGAUGAAGAAGAGGAGGAUAAGAAGGAAGAGGAGGGGAAGAUUGAGGAGAUUGAUGAGGAGAAAGAGAAGGACAAGAAGAAAAAAAAGGUUAAGGAGGUUUCGCACGAAUGGGCUUUGAUGAACAAGCAGAAGCCUAUCUGGAUGCGGAAGCCGGAGGAUGUCACGAAGGAUGAGUAUUCGUCGUUCUACAAGAGUUUGUCGAACGACUGGGAGGAGCACUUGGCUGUGAAGCACUUCUCUGUCGAGGGACAGCUGGAGUUUAAGUCGGUGAUCUUUGUGCCGAAAAGGGCCCCCUUCGAUUUGUUCGAUUCUAGGAAGAAGCAGAACAACAUCAAGCUGUACGUGAGGAGGGUAUUCAUUAUGGACAACUGUGAAGAUUUGAUUCCGGAAUACUUGGGUUUCGUGAAGGGAGUGGUGGAUUCGGAAGAUCUUCCUUUGAACAUCUCUCGUGAAACAUUGCAGCAGAGCAAGAUUCUGAAAGUGAUCAGGAAGAACUUGGUGAAGAAAUGCAUGGAAAUGUUCGCAGAGAUCGCCGAGAACAAGGAGGAUUACCAGAAGUUCUACGAGUCGUUUUCGAAGAACUUGAAGUUGGGUAUCCACGAGGACAGCACGAACAGAACGAAGCUGGCAGACUUGCUGAGGUACCACUCGACGAAGAGCGGGGAUGAGAUGACAAGUCUCAAGGACUAUGUAACCCGGAUGAAGGAGGGACAGAACGACAUCUACUACAUCACCGGAGAGAGUAAGAAAGCAGUCGAGAACUCUCCAUUUUUGGAAAAGCUGAAGAGGAGAGGGUACGAGGUGCUGUACAUGGUGGAUGCUAUCGAUGAGUACGCAGUGGGACAAUUGAAGGAGUACGACGGGAAGAAGCUGGUGUCGGCCACGAAAGAAGGGUUGGUAUUGGAGGAAACUGAGGAGGAAAAGAAGAAAAAGGAAGAGAAGAAGGCCCAGUUCGAGACUUUGUGCAAGACCAUGAAGGACAUUCUGGGUGACAAGGUCGAGAAGGUUGUGGUGUCGGACAGAAUUGUGGACUCUCCUUGCGUGCUUGUGACGGGUGAGUACGGAUGGUCGGCGAACAUGGAGAGGAUCAUGAAGGCCCAGGCACUGCGCGACAGCAGCAUGUCGAGCUACAUGUCUUCGAAGAAGACCAUGGAGAUCAACCCAGACAAUCAGAUCAUGGAGGAAUUGCGGAAGAGGGCCGAGGCAGACAAGAACGAUAAGAGUGUGAAGGAUUUGGUAUUGUUGUUGUUCGAGACUGCGUUGUUGACUUCAGGGUUCAGUUUGGAGGAACCUAACACAUUCGGCAACAGAAUCCACCGGAUGUUGAAGUUGGGUCUGAGCAUCGAUGAUGACGCCACGGAUGCUGACGCAGACAUGCCAGCGUUGGAGGCUGAUGUCGAGGAGGAGGGCUCCAAGAUGGAGGAAGUGGAUUAAGUGUAAAUGACCCCCUUUCUUAGGUUUUAUAUUUUUUGGUUUGACAUUUCUUAGCUGGGGGCUGUUUCAAGAAUUGAGAAUGGGUAUCCUACCCUGCAUUUUUAGGAUCGCAAAUAGAUGAGUUGGUAAUUUGUUGUAACUAUCUCAUUUGAUUGGACAAUAUCCUCCCCUAAAUUGAUCAUAAUAUCGACCUUUUGAAGGUCGUUUUCUUCA